AUGGAUGCCCUGCACACUGCCGGGAUCCGCUUCGCAGAAGUGCUGCAGUCCGGGCCACCCUGGCUGGAAAAGUUCUGGAUCUCAGUGACCUCCCUGGCCGAUCCCAAAAGUAUCUUCACCGUCUGUUUCCCGCUCGCCUAUUUUCUCGACCGCAAGGUGGGGGUGUCGGUGCUGUGGAUCGGCCUGGUGUCGGAGUGGCUCAACGUGAUCCUCAAAUGGUUCUUAUUCGGGGAGCGCCCAUUCUGGUGGGUCCAUGAGUCAGGGCUCGCCAGCAAGGAGCUGGUCAUGCUGCGCCAGUUCCCUGUCUCCUGCGAAACGGGACCGGGGAGCCCCUCCGGCCACUGCAUGAUCACGGGGGCAGCCCUCUGGCCGCUCGUCACCGCUCUGACAGCGCUGGCAUCCAGACACUCCAGGAGCCUUGUGGUGAACCUGACCCCCUUCGGUGCCUACACCCUGCUCCAGCUGGCUGUGGGGCUCUCGCGGGUCUUUGUCCUGGCCCACUUCCCCCAUCAGGUGGUCGGUGGCAUCCUGGCAGGGACAGCCCUGGGCUGGGGGCUCCAGGCUCGCACCCCAGCCACCUGCACCUCGGGCUUCUUCAUGGCCACCGCGCUGGCCCUGCUGCUCAGCUCCCUUGCCCUGCACAGCCUGGUGAUUGCCGCCGGCAUCAAUAUCGACUGGUCCAUCCACCUGGCCACCAAAUGGUGCUCCAAUCCUGCCUGGCUCCGCCUCGACACCCGGCCCUUCGCUUCCGUCUGCCGGGACACUGGCAGUGCCCUGGGGCUGGGGCUGGCCGCUGGCUUCCCCCUGCACCGGGGGGAGCCGCUGGACCCCUGGCAACGCGUGGCCAGCGCCGUGCUGGCCUUGGUGGCCAUACAGGGCCUGCACCGGCUUCUCCAGCCCACGGACGCGACCCUGUGGUACGGCACCAGCUUUCUCAAGUACGCCGCCGGGCCCUGGCUGGUGGCAUCUCUCCUGCCCUGGCUCGUCCUCUCCCUCACCCGCCCACGGGGCUCCCCCCAUGCCGAGUAG